UACACACACGAACCUGUUUUAUUUUACAAUGACACACACACACACACACACACACACACACACACACACACACACACAUGGAUGGUAACUGGGCGUCCACCGUGGGCUGAAGCGACAGUCGACACAGACCCAACCUUGUGAUAACAGACAGGAGCUCAAAACUUCCUGAUGGCGCCUGCAACUGCUUAUUGUGCUGCAUUUUGACAUGCGGCCUUAACAGUUCCUGCUGUUGGUCAAUUGUUGAUGAUAACUGUGCUGUGUCUUGACUUGCUGACUCAACAUUUUGCGUUGGUUCUUGUGGUGGUUCUGCGUGGCAAGGUGUAGACUGACCCACAGAAGGCGACGCCACUGGAAAGAAGAAGCGAUGGUAUCGACAACGCCAUAUACUCGUGCUGAGGGAAUCCAUUACAUCGUCGGCCAAAUCAAUCCGCCGUAAAACUUUCUGGCGUGACUCGCCGUUGUUCUGAACUACUCUACCAAUGGCGACAACCCUGAGGACUGCCCGGUGUGCCUGACGACCUACGACGACGCCCUGCGGCGGGCAUACACGAUGCCCUGCGGGCACUCGCUGUGUUCACGCUGCAUCGAUGGCCUAAGGGAUCGGAGUCACGUCACCUGUCCCAGCUGCCGUGUCAGACACGCUGUUCCUGAGGGGUUGCAGUUCCAUUUAAGUUACACUCCUGAAGCUUUUAUCAAAAGGCUGAAUCUUACAGUGGCGGCAGAAUCUGCUGCAGCCGCCUCAUUGCCACCCAAGGAUCUUGGGGGUCAGUGGACUGGAAUAGGUGGCAGGCAGUGGGAAGCCGCAGGUCUCAGUCCCAGCGUUCUCUUUCUGCUGCAGGAGCAGGAGGCAAAAAUUCUGGCCGCCAUCAGCACCUGCCAGGAGAUUCAUGCACAGCUGGACGAGUAUCAGACAACACUGGCGGGCUGGUGUCAGCAGCAGCAGUGGUUGGAAAAUGGCUUACAGAAGGUGAUUGACGAGAGCCAUAGUGCCAGGAUGCUCGUGUUGCAGGAUGAGUCUAGGGCGGUGGCCAAGAAGGAGGAGACGAAGGAGAGAGAGAGGCACCUGCAUGCUGCGCUGGAAGCCCUGCGCAGGGUCACCUCAGCACAGGAAGCAUUGCCGGCUAUUGACGACGCCAACCACAGCACUGACGAAGCGGAGCAGAGGGCGGGGGAAUGCCGAGAGAUGUUCCCCGACGUAGUCGUUGCCGCAGCUGCCAGGAAGACGAUGGAUGAAUCAACUGCAGCUAUGGAGGCUGCAAAACAAGUUUGGAUAGCACAGGAGACUUCGGCCAGCGCUAUCAAGGAGCCCCGCCACCAGCCUCCAGCUUGGACCAUCACCGAGAAACUCAAGGAUAUGCUAGCGCAGCCAAAUUUGACGCAGGCCGAGGACCUUCACAGUACGACUCGGCCAUCUAUUUGGCUGCUUUUGGCUCAACGGGUGUUUGCCAUGCACCAGGUCGAGGGUCGUCACCGGUUCGCAAGGAUAACCAUUGAAGACGACCGGCUAUUUCUUCACGCCCUGCAGGACCUAUCCCUGCCCCUUGGAGCUGCCAAACUGCAGCUCAGUGAGGUUGUGCCAGCCUGCCCACCUUGUCUGGUGUUCCUGGACCUGUGCUGGCCAGCCAGCAUGCAUCAGAGGGUCAUCAUCCGUCUCAGCCCCGAUACUCCGAUGGCCCGACAGUUCGUGUUGCUGUGCUCUGGGGAGCGCGGCCCUUCUUAUGCUAACACCAGGUUGUGGGGGGUUGGGGACAAGGGGUUGCCUGGAGAGAGGUUGUGGUUUGGAGACUACGAGAAUAAUGAUGGGACAGGGGGAGCCGCUCUACUGCCCAACCUAAGUAAAGGUAAGUACCAGAAAUCUGCCAGUGCGGGGGCAUUGUGGGGGACGUGGCAGUGGGGCGGCCGUACCCGAGGUGCUCAAUUUGGCAUCACCACCAGAGAUAGAGUGGGUGGUGUUUGGAGUGAUGUCUUUGGUGAGGUGGUUGAAGGUAUGAAUUGUUUGAGGGCUGCGAUUAAUCACAGCGACAUUACGGAGGUGAUUGUGGUGGACUGUGGGGUGAUCUUGAAGAGGCAGUGACUUGCCUAGGUGAAACCAAGAGACAACCCUGAGUUAAUACAGAUGAAUAAAUUAGCGUGUCUCCAUUAUAUGUUGGGAGAUAUUCAUUACUCGUGAUAAUUUCGUCAUUACCAACAGUGAACUCUCAAGGUUGCUUUUUUGAAGAGGGCAAAACUUUUGCUAAUCGGUCCCUCUAUCUGAGUUCCUAGCUCCAGACAAAGUGGCCAUUAAUCGCAGUUCUCCCAGAGGUGUUUCCAGAAUAUUUAACAUUCGAAGCGAAACUACCCAUUGCCAUCCCUUCCCUCCCAGAGAUUAUCAAUAUUCCGAUCCGUUACAGCAUAGAAAUUCAUUUUGACUAAUAUUGAGCACAUUAAACUGUUUAAUAGAUUUCCUUUACAUGCAUAAGAGUUUGCAUUGUUAUGCGUGAUUGUAAUAAACCUAAUGGUAAUCAUUUGUCAAGAAACUAUUUCCUAGGAGUUCAAAUUCGCAUUUAAUUAAUACAAUUAGUAAUAUUA